GUUCGUCGCCGUCGGUGGCGGGCUGGAAGCGGAAGCGUCCGCGCAGCAGCUCGGCUGGCGCUUCGUGCGCGUCACGCCCUCGCCGCCGCACCCCGGCGACCCCGAGCGGCGCGCCGCCGCCGCCGCCGCUGCGUCCCCACACGCGGCGCACGCGCCCGCGUGCGCGGCGCUGGAGAAAGGCUGCGAGGGCAGCGGCGCGGCAUCGCCCUGCGGCGCCGCGGCGGCGGCGGCGGCGGCCGCUGGGGUUGAGUCACUAGAGGAUUGGAUGGCGUCCCGCCGCCGCGCCCCGCGGCCCAGGGACGCCCUGGGGGGCGCCGCGUGGCACGUGACCGAGCUAACCCCGGAGAAGCUGCUCGCGGCGGCGCUGCUCUGA